AGCUCGAAGACGCAGAACCGUAGAUUUGGUUUUCCAGUGCAAUUCAGUAGAUUACAAAGUUCUAUUUGUGUAUUUGUAAAUUUUUUUGUCCACCGCAUGUUUAGUCGUACGCGAAGAGAAUUAUGAAUUCGUCUCCGAAAGGUUCUUCUCCAGUAGACACGCCUGGAGCUCAUCUGGCGUCUGCAGCAGCCUUCACCGUCAAGGAUACAGAUCAAUUGUCACCUUUGAGGUCGAGACAGCGGCUGUCUCCUGCUGUGAAACGAAGAGACACGAUCGAGUCUUCUUCAACACAUUCACCACGCGAGCAGAAUGAAGGAGAGGAUUUCGACAGCGGAGACGAGUCGCAGCCCCUCACUCAGAAAGAACAUGUCCUGUCACAUUCAUUGCCCCGGGCUUUUCAAUUUUCACGGGCUUAUUCAGAGUCAACUUUGGGAGAUGAUACAGAAUUGAGUGGGAAGGGACCGAACAACGCCUUCGGUACAAACCCCACGAGACAGAGUAAGAACAAUGACACUCCGCCUCGCCGUCCCACAUGGAAAGUCCGAGGUCUUAGUUUGCAACAGCAACAGCUACAACAACUGCAUCAACCCUUGCUGUCGGAGCCGCUUGAUGUGGAUGCUGACGAACGGACCGCAUUGCUGGACAGAACUCACACAACGAGCGAAAGGCUGUCGCGGACGUAUGCAGCAGCUCCGAAUCCGUAUCUGACUCGUACAUGGUUGGAAAGUCAUGCUGCUCGAGUGUCAGCAAAGGAUGUGAACAAUCCGCCGUCUAUGCCAACUUCUGUGUGUCCAUCGCCUCAUGAUGAGGAUGCUCACAGUGUCCAUUCGAACAUGGAACACUCAGACUCGAAUGUCCUGCAAAAGGCAGUCGAAGAUUUUUACUCUCACUCGGCUUCAGACAAGAUGUCGAGCCAUUCUGUCCAUAAUUAUUUUGACGAGGAAGAAGCAUCGUCACGAGCCUCUGCUCACGAGCGUGAGAGCUCGCCAAAGUCGGAGGACGGUGUUUUUACACCGAUUCCGGGAACUGUGCCUACUAACAUUAAUCCAGAAUUUGAUGUGCUGGAUGCAUGGGCCGAAGAAGAGAUUCUGGCAAAUGAAAGCAACGUCGAGGACGGAGAUAGCGAGAGCACGUCUAUCCCGGGGCGUCGUCGUCAGCGUGCUCGAAAGAUGAGCGAGCCUAUGCUAGUGGAUGGGCGCUAUCGAGUUCGCGACCGUUGGGCCAACUUUCGCAAGCACGAAAGCGAGCGUCCAUUCCGGUUCACAUUUUUCACGGACGAGUUGCCCACGACGAUUCACUCGCGCAACCUGUGGGAGCUGCCGCAGGAGGGGCAGAGCUUCCGCGAGCUCUUCCAUUCUGGAGGCACUUGGUGGCUUGACGUGUAUGCACCGACGGCUGACGAAGUGCGUCUGCUUGCCAAGUGUUUUCACAUUCACCCACUGACCGUUGAGGACAUAACAAUGGAAGAGGAUCGUGAAAAGGUGGAGCUGUUUCGCAACUACUACUUUGUCACCUUUCGUUCCUUCAACCAGUUGCCGUCCAGUGCUGAUUACUUAAAGCCGCUCAACCUCUACAUGGUUGUUUUCCGUGAUGGUAUUCUCACAUUUCAUGCGAAUCCGACACCACAUCCACCGAACGUCCGGCGUCGAAUUCGGCAGCUGAAUGGCUACCUGACUGUGGAUGCGGAUUGGAUUGCCUAUGCGUUGAUUGACGACACGACAGAUGCGUUCGCGCCUUUAAUCGAGAAAAUCGAAGACGAAGUCGAUACUAUUGACGGCAUCAUUCUUGGCAUUCAUCACGAACACGUGCGGGAGGUGGAGCCGCAGGAAAGCAUGCUGAAACGUGUGGGCGAGUGUCGAAAGCUAAUUAUGAGUCUACUACGUUUACUGGCAAACAAGGCCGACGUUGUGCGCGGACUUGCCAAACGCUGUAAUGAGGCCUGGCAAGUAGCACCGCGCGGCGAAAUUGCCCUCUACCUAGGUGAUGUUCAAGACCACAUUGUCACUAUGGUGCAGAAUCUUAAUCACUACGAAAAAAUCCUUUCCCGAAGUCACUCUAAUUACCUUGCACAGAUCUCCAUCAACAUGACACUUGUGUCCAACGAAACCAACGACGUCCUCUCUCGCCUCACCGUUCUCGGCACCAUCCUCGUUCCUCUAAAUCUGGUCACGGGUCUAUGGGGCAUGAACACCAAAGUCCCCGGCCAAGAUGCUCCUGGUCUCACCUGGUUUUUCGGCAUCCUGAGCAGUCUGAUCGUGUUCGCGGUGUUGUCUGUCAUUGUCUGCAAGCGGUACAAGAUGAUCUAA